CUGGCUCCGCCCCCCGGAGCCUCACUUCCGGGCGCCAGCACUCACCGCCCCGUCCCGCCCCGGCGGCCGAGCGGUAUCAUGGAGCGCCAGGUGCUGCUGAACGAGCCCGAGGAGGCGGCGGCGCUGUACCGGGGUCUUAGCCGCCAACCCGCGCUGAGCGCCGCCUGCCUGGGCCCGGAUGUCACCACGCAGUACGGGGGCCGCUAUCGGACGGUGCACACCGAGUGGACACAGAGGGACUUGGAACGCAUGGAGAACAUCCGAUUUUGCCGCCAGUACCUGGUGUUCCACGACGGGGAUUCAGUGGUGUUCUCAGGGCCUGCAGGCAACAGUGUGGAGACCCGCGGGGAGCUGCUGAGCAGAGACUCUCCUUCAGGCGCCAUGAAAGCUGUGCUGCGCAAGGCUGGAGGCACGAGCCCUGGGGAGGAGAAGCAGUUCCUGGAGGUCUGGGAGAAGAACCGGAAGCUCAAGAGCUUCAACCUGUCGCUGCUGGAGAAACAUGGGCUUGUGUAUGAGGACGACUGCUUUGGCUGCCUGUCCUGGUCGCACUCGGAGACACACUUGUUGUACGUGGCAGAGAAGAAGCGCCCCAAGGCUGAGUCCUUCUUUCAGACAAAAGCCUUGGACAUCAGUGGCAGCGAUGAUGAAAUGGCCAGGCCGAAGAAGCCAGACCAGGCCAUCAAGGGGGAUCAGUUUGUGUUUUACGAAGACUGGGGAGAAAACAUGGUUUCCAAAAGCACUCCUGUGCUCUGCGUGCUGGAUGUUGAGAGCGGCAACAUCUCUGUGCUUGAGGGGGUCCCUGAGAGUGUGUCCCCUGGACAGGCAUUCUGGGCCCCUGGAGACACAGGUGUGGUGUUUGUAGGUUGGUGGCAUGAGCCCUUCAGGCUGGGCAUCCGCUUCUGCACGAAUCGCAGGUCAGCCCUUUACUACGUGGACCUCACCGGGGGUCAGUGUGAGCUUCUCUCAGAUGACUCUUUGGCUGUGUCCUCUCCCCGGCUGAGCCCAGACCAGUGUCGCGUCAUCUACCUGCAGUACCCAUCUCUGGUCCCCCAUCAUCAAUGUAGUCAGCUAUGUCUGUACGACUGGUAUACCAAGGUGACUUCAGUGGUGGUGGACGUCGUGCCUCGGCAGCUGGGAGAGGACUUCUCUGGGAUCUACUGCAGCCUUCUGCCUUUGGGAUGCUGGUCAGCUGACAGCCUGAGAGUGGUUUUUGACUCAGCUCAGCGUAGCCGGCAGGACCUGUUUGUUGUGGACACCCAGAUGGGCACUGUGACCUCCCUGACAGCUGGGGGGUCUGGUGGAAGCUGGAAGCUGCUGGCAAUUGACCGGGACCUCAUGGUGGCACAGUUCUCCACGCCCAGCCUGCCCCCAAGCCUGAAAGUUGGGUUCCUGCCUCCUGCAGGGAAGGAGCAGGCAGUAUUGUGGGUGUCCCUGGAGGAGGCUGAGCCUAUUCCGGACAUCUCCUGGGCCAUCCGGGUACUGCAGCCACCGCCAGAGCAAGAGAAUGUGCAGUAUGCCGGCCUUGACUUUGAAGCAAUCCUUCUACAGCCCAGCAACCCUCCAGAUAAGACCCAAGUGCCCAUGGUCGUCAUGCCCCAUGGGGGACCCCAUUCAUCCUUUGUCACUGCCUGGAUGCUGUUCCCAGCCAUGCUUUGCAAAAUGGGUUUUGCAGUACUCUUAGUGAAUUAUCGUGGCUCUACGGGUUUUGGCCAGGACAGCAUCCUCUCCCUUCCCGGCAACGUGGGCCACCAGGAUGUGAAGGAUGUCCAGUUUGCAGUAGAGCAGGUGCUCCAGGAGGAACACUUUGAUGCUGACCGAGUAGCUCUUAUGGGUGGUUCCCACGGUGGCUUCCUCUCCUGCCACUUGAUUGGUCAGUAUCCUGAGACCUACAGUGCCUGUGUAGUGAGGAACCCUGUGAUCAACAUUGCCUCCAUGAUGGGCUCCACUGACAUCCCUGACUGGUGCGUGGUGGAGGCUGGCUUCCCCUACCGCAGUGACUGCCUGCCAGACGUCAGCGUGUGGGCUGAGAUGCUGGACAAGUCACCCAUCAAGUAUACCCCUCAGGUGAAGACACCGCUACUACUGAUGCUAGGCCAGGAGGACCGGCGUGUGCCCUUCAAGCAAGGCAUGGAGUAUUACCGUGCCCUCAAGGCCCGGAACGUGCCUGUUCGGCUCCUGCUCUAUCCCAAAAGCACCCAUGCACUUUCAGAAGUGGAGGUGGAGUCAGACAGCUUCAUGAAUGCUGUGCUUUGGCUGCACACGCACUUGGGCAGCUGAAGCCAUGCCUCCCUGCAUGAGCUGGUUGGCAUAAACCACACUUUCCUCUUGGAGAGCCCCAGGGUCUGGCAGAUCGGCGAGAGGAUUCCUGGGCUCUGGACUCCAUGGAUGGGUGAGCUGAGGAAUGUAGGCUAUACAGUCAUAAUAAAUGAGGACACAGAAUCUGGUUCCUGCUGGUACUUUGUACCAAGCCAUCCCUAACUCCAGCCUCACCCUGGGGGUUCAGAGACCAUAGGCUCUGGGUGUGGUAACCUUAAGGACCUCACCUACCUCCAAUGUGAGAGGGAGGGGAUAGUGAGAGGCUCAGCUGCUGCCUGUCAGGGCCAACUGGGAUACUCCCAGGCUAGCUGUCUCUGCAGCAGCUCCUUCUGUUAGAAACUGCCCUACACCACCCUUCUCUUACCACCAAUUUGUCUAGGGAACUAGUGAGGCCCUGCUUUUCCACAGUGGCCACAGGCUAA